AUGAUUAAAAAUUGUGAUUCACAGUCUUUCAUGACGGAAAAUGUCGAGAGUUUAAAAACAAAUGUUGAUUUGUGUGAAAUGAAAAAUCAAAAAAAUUUAAAAGUGACGCGAAAAGAAAAUGUGAACGCAAAGAAUCGCUGGAAGUUACUGGCAAGAGUGAUUCUUUCAAAAAAUAAACGUGAACUAGAAAUGAGACAGAAAAUUCCUAUAAACAAUGUAUCACAGAAAUUUAGCGGCUUUGAUCUUGUUGAAAUUGAACCUUUGAAGAAAGACAUAACUGAUGAGAGAAAUGAAAAGUUCUCAAUCAUCAUUAAAAUUGGAUGCAACAAAUAUGAAUGUAAUGUACAUAUUGGUAAAUUGUGGACGGUGAAAGAUUUAAUCGGUUUCAAUAACACUGGUAAUAUUUCAUUGUGGACUUCAGAGUCUUCUUUAAGUUAUUACGUCCUUGAAAAUUUGCAAACAUUCAAAGAUGCGUGGAUUUUGGAAAUUGGCGGUGGAAUGUUUUGUCUUGCGGGAUUGAUGCUUGCAAAAUACAGCAAUGCAUUCGCUGUUCAUCUGUCUGAUGGAAAUUCGCGCUCAAUAAACAAUGUUCAAAAGUCUGUGAUGUUGAAUGAUAUAAAAACUUUUGUUAAGACGUCAGUUCUCAGAUGGGAAGACUCAGAGAAUCAAUGCCCUUUGGAACGUCAGAAAUAUGACUUUAUUUUAUGUGCCGAUUGUCUUUUCUUCGAUGAAUCACGAAGUUCUCUUGUUGAUUCAAUUAAUUAUUUUCUGGCUAGUAAUGGUAAAGCUUUAGUGAUGGCACCGAGACGUGGUAAAUCCAUGAAUCUCUUCAUCAAAAAAUGCAUCACAAAAGGAUUGCAUUGUAAAAUUUUCACUUACUACAACAAAGAAGUUUGGGAUUAUCAUCAGAAAUUUCUGCUGUCAAAGACUGAAUACUGGAAGUCGCAAGACAGAAAAUUUUGUGAAUAUUGCAAAUGUUGGCUUACAGAUAAUAAACCGAGCGUUGAGUUCCACAACAAUGGCAAACGACAUCAGUUGAACGUUCAAAAGCGUUUGAAUGAGAUCGGCAAAAAAAGUGAAGCCGAUCAAAAGGCUCAAAAUAAAAUGAAUGACGAAAUUCGGAAAAUGAAUGAUGCAGCAAUGCAAUCAUAUGCUAAAGACAUCAGCAUUGGUGCAGAUAUAUCAUCUCGUGCGAUAUCUCAAACAAUGGCAAGGAAGAAAGCAGUUGAUCCCAUGGCAUUGGCGAAUUAUGAAAGCGAUGAAGAGUUUGGACCAAAAGUAUCUAAGAAAUCUGUAGCUGCUGUAAAUCCUACGACAGUAAAAGAACCUUCAUUAUGGUGUGAAGCGAAGACCGAUGAUGGUGAUACAUAUUAUUGGAAUGUUAAAACAAAUGAAUCAGUAUGGGAGAAACCGAAAGAAGGUUUUAUGUCACUCAAGGAAUAUGAAAGAUUAAAUGAUAUUGCCAUAAAACAACAAGAAGAACAAAGACAAAUGGAGCUAAAAAACACUGUUGAAAAUGCUGAUGAGAUUGCUUCAAAGUACAAAAGAGAACAACUUAAAAAAUAUAAAAAAAUCACGGAAGAAAGAAAAACAAAAGAAGAAGAAGAAGCUUCAACAAGUUAUGCUGGUCAAUAUGGUGGACAACCUUAUGGUAAAUGGGAAGUUGUUGAAGAGCAAAAACCUUCAAAGCCUAUAGAUCUAGAGUUACCGAAACAGGAGCAUAUCUAUGUUGCAGUUCCAGCAGCAGCAGUGAUCCAAGAACCGCCAGUCAAAAAGUUUAAAGAAAAGACAAUAACAAAACUCGAAGAUGUAGGAGACGUUCCAGCCUUUUUCAAAAAGCGUAAAGUUGGAACAAGAAAUAUAAGACGUGGAAAUGAUGAUUCUACGUUUAAUUUAAGUGACGAAUCUUUGAAUAAGUUUGUUAAAAAAGUAAAACUCGUCAACAAACGGAAAGAAAUGAUGUUAUCGCGUUGUGGAUAUAAAUCAAUCUCUGGGAUUAGAUUUCUAAGCUCAAUUGGUGCUAAUGAUGGAUCUAAUAAAUUUGAUUUAAUAUGCGUUGGAGGCGGAAUUGUUGGUGUAUCAUCAGCUCGAGAGAUUCUUUUGAGACAUCCGCAUUUAAAAAUAGCUAUCGUCGAAAAAGAACCAAAGGUUGCUUUCCAUCAAUCCGGUCAUAACAGUGGCGUCAUUCAUGCUGGCAUCUAUUAUAAACCUGGUAGUUUAAAAGCCAAACUCUGUGUCGAAGGUUUACAUUUAACAUACAAAUAUUGCGACGAAAAGAAAAUUCCUUACAAGAAAGUUGGAAAAUUAAUCGUAGCAACGAACGAUGUCGAAAAGGAGCGAUUGAAGGUCAGUUGA